AAACCCUUUCUUUCUUUUUUUUCACUAUUUGAUGUUCUCUAUUUGGCCUAGACUGGUAUAAAUAACCCUCCCAUGGCAGUCUUCUCCUCAUCACUACAAGCUAAGCCUGCCUUUUCAAGUCUCUUGCAAAAACUUCAUAUAUAUACAUACAGCUAGCACUCACAUUGUGAUCUGUUUACAUCUCUCUAUAUAUACAUGGAUACAUCAGUCAGAGGCAUGGUGGGAAGUAACCCACUUGUGAUAUUCAGCAGGAGCAAUUGUUGCAUGAGCCACACUGUGGUGACACUCAUUAGCAACUUUGGUGCAAACCCAACAGUUUAUGAGCUUGACCAGAUUCAAAAUGGACAACAGAUUGAGAGGGCACUGCGUCAGCUUGGGUAUCCGAACGUACCGGUUGUAUUCAUUGGCCAACAAUUGAUUGGAGGAGAGCAGCAAGUGAUGAGCCUUCAUAUGAGGAAGGAGCUUGUUCCACUCCUCAAAAAAGCAGGAGCUAUAUGGCUUUGAAUCACAUCUAGACAAGCAUUAUAUAAGCACCUGCAACAAUUACUUACAUGUAUUAGUGUAGUAGCAUAAGCUUAGAUAACCAGUUUUCUUUGCAUUACCUUAUGACCUUACUUUUUAUAGGGGGGUGAUGAUCACUGUUACAUUCAUCUCCCUUUGUGUUGUAGCUUCUGAGAAGUAAUAGAUUGCUUUUCCAGCCAAAA